AUGCAUACCGUUCAGUUGACCGCUUUGGCGGCCUCGAUGCUCUCCAUGGCUGCGCCGGCCGCUGCGUUCUGGCGUAUGCCUUGCCAGGGCCGUCUGGGUCUUGCCCGCAUGGACCCCAUCGUCAACCCAGGAGAGCUCUCGCCUCACGCCCACGCCAUCCACGGUGGUAAAAACUUCGAUUUCAAGGUUACUGGUGAUCAGCUGGCUGAGUCUGACUGCACUUCAUGUGCUGUUACCCAGGACAAGUCUGCCUACUGGGUCCCUACUCUCUACUUCCUUCACGCCAAUGGAACUGCUGAGCUCGCUGAGCAGCUGGGUGGUACUCUUGUGUACUACCUCCUGUAUGGAAAGGAUAUCAAGGCAUUCCCUCGAGGCCUUCGUAUGAUUUCUGGAGAUACCGGUCUCCGUGACUUCCCCUUCGAGCAGCCUGAUCCUCCAAAGUCCAGCUGGACCAAGGAGGAGAAGACUCAGUCUGCUCUGGGCCAAAAAGCCAUCGGCUUCAACUGUCUCAACUACGCCAGCCCUCCAGAGGCCUCCAUGUACAGACACACUUUCCCCGAGCGCUCGUUCAUCGACAACACCUGUGCAAACGGUCUCCGUCUUGAGAUCAUGUUCCCAUCUUGCUGGAACGGAAAGGACCUCGACUCCAAGGACCACAAGUCUCACGUCGCCUAUCCUAGCGAGAUCAACGGCGGUGACUGUCCCGAGGGCUUUGGCACCCGCCUCCCCACUCUCUUCUACGAGACCAUCUGGGUCACCAAGCCAUUCGCUGGCAUGGACGGCAAGUUCGUCAUCUCCAACGGUGACCCAACUGGUGCCGGUUACCACGCUGAUUUCAUUGAGGGAUGGGAUGAUGGUGUGCUCCAGGAGGCUGUCGACACCUGCACCAACGACUCCGGUCUUCUCGAAGACUGCCACGUCUUUAACAUCCAGGACCAGAACAAACAGAACGAGUGCAAGAUGAACGUCCCCCCAUCCAUCAUGUCUGAGGAGUACACUCUCUGCCCCAAGGGUCUGCCCGGUGGUGUCAAGGUUUCUACCGGACCCGGAUACGUUAGUGGCGCCAGCCACCACGAGCCCGUCGUCAACAUUCCUUCAGUCUCCAUCCCAGUUCCCGGCGGACCAAAGCUCAACGUCCCAACCCCCUCCCCCCCAGCUCCCCCAGCUCCUCCAUCCGACCAGGCUCCUCCGGCUCCUCCGGCUCCAGAGACCACUCCUAAGCCAUCUGCUCCCGCAAACCCCCCAGGUACUACCAGUACCUACACCAAGGACGGCACAGUAUUUGAGGUUGCCAUCGUCACCCAGACUGUCACCACCACUAUUCAAGCCCAGGCUACUCCAGCCAAGAGAGACAUAAACCUUCUCCGCCACCACGGCGGCCACGGCCACGGCGGUCACCGUCGCCGUCAUGGACACUUCUAA